AUGGCGGGGCAGCGAGAUUCGGACGAGAGCACCAGCUUCCCAGUCACCGUCGCCAUCCUAUCAUGCAUCUACAAUGCCCUCGUCGGCAUUUCGUGCGCCUACAUGCCCGAUGAUCCGCUCUACAUCGGUCUCAGCAUAUCCUUGUACGCAUGGGCAGGAACCCUUCUGAGCGCACUGGGAUUGGCCGGCAUCGUCACCAAACGACCAACACUCAUCACCUCCUUUGCCCACUUCCUCCUCAUCGACACCUUCGUCUCCGCUGUCUGCCGUAUCCUCGUCCUCCAAUUCUUCGUCGAAGCCUUCCACGACCACAACAUCUGCAGCGAUGGCUUCGAACCGACCUGGAGUCCCCAGAACUUCCGACACGAUAUCGUAACGAGCGUGCGCUGGCAGCAAGAGAACCUGUGGCAUUUCAAUCACAAGAGGAGGUGUCGCGUUGCGCUGGGCGCAGUGCAGAUGGUCCUGGUGGCUAUAUUGAUAUGUCUGACCGUCGCCCAGGGGAUGCUGGCGGUGAGGAUGAGGCGCUUUGCGAAGGACAUGGAGCGUCCCAGAGCGGUUGCCCCGACACCACAGCGGAGUCCGCAGCCUCAGAUGGAUCGCGAGAAGGCUCGCUUUGUUGAUGAUGUAUAG